AUGCUGGUCCAAGAUCUAAUGCCAUUUACAUUAAGUUUUUGGCCUUUUUUCUUCGGUCAUUGCCUCCUCUCACUGCUUUUACUCUCAUGCCAGGGAGAACUCCAGAGGUCAUGCUCACAGACUGUGGCGGAGAAAGUUAGUGACCAGUGCCAUCUGGCGUGCCAAUGUAGAAGAUACCCUCCUCUUCCUCCACCUCCACCUCCUCCACCCCCUCCGCGGCUACUGGCCCCCUCAGUGGUGGAGCCCAUGGAGCCCCUCGUCCGGCCCUGGUGGUCAGAGAUGGACUUUAUAGUGCUGGGAACGGUGGGCUGUGCCUCUUUGCUCUUCCUGCUGUCAGCCAUCAUCAUCUGCUACAAGGCCAUCAAGAGAAAACCACUUCGAAAAGAAGAGAACGGCACGAGUCGAGGGGAGUACGCCAUGAGCAUUCGCAACAAGAAGGCCAUGGGCACCAACAACACUGUGAAAACGACAACAUUCAGCAUUAAGGGAGCUGUGGCAGGCGGCGGGAGGAAUCAAGUGAAUGAAAGCAGGAUGGUGGAGUACGUGAGGGGGCCCAGCAGGCUCCUGGUCGCAGCGUGUGGAGCUGACAGCCUGGUUGGCCGCUGA